AUGAAGCCCUGGGAACAGAAACGAGUCUUUCUAUUCAGUCAUCCAAGAACAGCCUCAAACCUACUUGUACGACUUCUCUCCAACCAACCGGACUGGGAGACAUCUGACUACCUAUUCUUUGAUGCUUUCCAAUACACAAGAGACGCAUUUGAUGGCCUUGAAUUAGAGGAUGUACCCGAGACAGCACGAGCAGAGCACUCAGAUCUUAUCGAACAAGGUCAUCAGAAGCUAGAAAACUUUGUGUGUACCGCCAUGGACAAGCAAAAACAUGUGAUGCUCAAAGAUCACACACUGCUUGUCACACCAGUAGAAUCGACUUAUGGAGAUGUAGUCAUGCCCACGAACCCAUCGAUCUUUCCGGACACCCUGAUGCUUUCCUGGCGACCUGUCAUACUAAUCCGCAACCCGAUUCUGAUAUAUGAGAGUUGGCUCCGAGCAGAAGGAGAACCGUAUCCAAAUCUCGAAUCUCAAUAUGCCAAGAUAUACACCACCCUGAAAUUCCAGCGAGCAGUCUUCGAUUGGUAUCGACAUCAUCCCGAAUGCACAUUGCAGCCCAUAGUGCUGAAUGCAGACGACAUCAUAGAGCGACAAGACGUAUUGGAGAGAUUCUGCGAAUUGGUUGGGAUGGAAAAGGAGAAGCUUGUACUCUCCUGGAAACCGAGUCAUGCUCCUGCAAAGUUUGCGUUGAAUGAGCGGUUCAAGCGGUUCUUGCAGACUUUCCAGGAGUCCACUGGGAUUGAGCGCAGCAAGUCUUCGGUGGGAAUCACUCUUGAGGAGAGGCAGACUCAGUGGAGGAAAGAAUUUGGGCCUGAAAGGGCGUCGAUGCUUGUGAGCAGAGUGGUUGAGUCGUGGCCUGAUUUUCAAUAUUUGCGGUCUAUGAGGCUUUGCUGA